CCGGUAUGGCAAGUCACGCGGACUCACCAUCAUUCUCGCCACGUCAGUGGCAUAACAUAUUCUAGAAACACGGCCCCUAUGAUCCCAUACCCACUUUUUGCUUAUCAUCCACUGGAUUUUAGUCCUUAGAGACGCCGGGCAGCGUCGGGCAGCGGUUAUAGCCCCGGCCUUGACUAUGACCGUCGCUGGUGCCGCCCCUGUCGCCUGGGGCAGUCCGACGCGGGCGUGACUUGCACCUUCCGCCGCCACUGCCGCUGCCGGGUCUACCGCUGUUGUCGACUGACGGGACGCGGGGAAGGACGUGGAAGCGGCGGCUCCCAACGCAGCGUUCUUCAGUGUCUUCGAGCUGUACGCCGCAUUCCACUAACAGCCAGCGAUGGGAGUGGACAUUUUCGGCGUGCAGGGCAGCCCGCCGUGCCGGGCCGUCUACCUGGUGGCCAAGGCUAUCGGCCUGGACUACACCUUCAACAAGGUAGACAUGCAGGCUGGCCAGCACCGGUCACCAGAGUUCCUCAAGAUGAACCCGGCACACACAGUGCCUACCAUGAAGGAUGGCGACCUCUGCUUGGGAGAGAGCAAGGCCAUCAUCACCUACCUGAUGAACAAGUAUGCACCGGAGAGUGAGCUGUACCCCAAGGACCCGGCGGAGCGGGCCAAGGUCGACCAGAGGCUUCACUUCGACUCCGGCCUCUUCUCCAGCAUCCGGGGCAUUGUGUUCCCGGUGCUGUUCAACAAGAACCUGGAGGAAUUCAAGAAGAACAAGCCCAAGCUGGACGAGAACCUGGACCUGCUGGAGACCUUCCUGGGUCGCUCGCAGAACGUCGCCGGCGAGAAGGUGACGGUGGCCGACCUGGCUGUUCUGGCCAACGUGUCCACCGUACAGGCGGCAGGUCUUCUAGAGAAGGACAAGUGGCCACGCAUCAGCGCCUGGCUUACACGACUGCAGACGCAGCUGCCCUACUACAGCGUUAACGUCGAGGGUGCCAACAUGCUCGGCGAGGCCGUCAAGAAGGGCAUUGCUGAGCUUGGUGCCUAGUGGGAGCGAUGUGACCCGGGUUGGAUAGACGGUCCGACAGAGCGUAUAUGACAAGUAGGUAUGUAUCUCGGUUGUGUGCGAGAGUUUUUAGUUUAUUGAUGAUAUUUUCAGGGAAUGUCAAAGGUAGUGUAAUGACUGUGUUUUGAGAUUCCUGCUUGUUUUGUAGGAACUGUUGAAGCCCAUGUCAGCUGCCUUUUGCGGAUAUGUCGGGAGCCAGUCGAUUCGCAAAGCACUCGGACUCGGCUGCUGUGGCCUCACCAUUCGUCCCGAAAUAGGUAAAUUGCACAGUGCUCGGUAGAUUGAUACGUCUAACGAUUUUGAUAAAUAAACUGUGUUUGAA